UGUUUUUUAAAUAUCAGAAAUCAGCUGUUCCGCAUUCCUCAAGAAAUAUACUUUAUUAAUUUAAAUUCCCAGAAACAUAUAAAACCCCGUAUUUCAAGAACUUUUUUCGUUUUUUCUCUUGACACUUCUAUUAUCUUACAUAGGAACAGGUAACGUAGUUACCUUAAGUUAGUUCUCAAAAAAUAUAUUGGAAAUACCUACAGACACAGGAUCACAGAUAAGUGCUAUAUCAAUAAAUACAAACAAAUCAACUUUCAAAUACAAAUAUCAAUAUUGCACCACGCAACAAACUAAUGAGUAUUAUAUUAAUCCCUAGAUAAGGCCCUUUUGUAUCCCAGAAUAGAAAAAUCAAUAAAUAUGUGCAGUGACCUUUUACUUACUAUCCAGCUAUGAGUUCAAAGCCAAAACCUAAAGGUUUUGCUAGUUUUUUACUGCCAAAUAGGCCCCCAAAUAAAGUCGGAGUAGCAGUAAACAGGAGCCAGAGCGCCAAAGAGUCUAAUUUAAGAAACUUAACACAUUCCGAAGCAAAUAGCCCUAUUAAAAUUUCCAAAAGGCCACUGAGUUUUGAUGUCAAAAAUGGUGUGGUAAAUAAAAAGACAGACUUUUUAGAGCCUCCAUAUUCAAUAUUAAAAAGAGAAAAUAGCCUAUCAGAAAGCCGACUGUUUGAUGAAAACCAUGAAAAUUCUUUAUUAGAUAAACCACUAGAAAAAUAUGGAUCACAUGAGAGUGUCUUAAAAGAGGCUGUAAGUAGUCUACAUAAAAUCCCAACUGAAAAGGCUAGAGAAAGGAAUUUUUUACAUGGAAAAAUUGGAGCAAACUCUCUUCUAGGUGCUCCCGAAUUGGAGAGAUUAUGUCCUAAUAGAGAAAUAACAAUUUUUGUGGGAACUUGGAAUAUGAAUGGACACUCCCCACCAAAGGAGCUAAAUGAUUUUGUUCUACCAAUCGGUAUGAAACAUGUGCCAGAUAUUUUGUGUUUUGGAACCCAAGAGUCAUGCUCUGAAAGGCUGGAAUGGGAAGUUUCUCUUCAGGAAACUAUUGGCCCGUCACACAUUCUCUUCCAUUCUACUAGUUUAGGCACUUUGCACCUAUGCAUCUUUAUAAGAAGGGACCUAAUUUGGUACAUAUCAAUACCAGAGGAUGCCAGCUUAUCAGUUAGACCUGGCAGUGCAUUUAGGACCAAAGGGGCCGUCGCCAGCUCGUUUAUUUUAUUUGGUACGUCAUUCUUAUUUGUGACGGCUCACUUGACAGCACACCAAGAGAAAGUAAAGGAGCGAGUGGGUGACGUGAAGAAAAUCGUGCAUUCUUUGGAUUUACCUAGGACGUUACCUUGUAAAAAUAAGAACAAAGACGUUACCCAAAACUUCGACUACGUUUUCUGGUCGGGAGAUCUCAAUUUCAGACUGGCAACUCCCAGGAGCAAAGUACUGGAAUGGUUAUCAAACACGAGUUUUCCGCUUCCACCUCACUUGCCGCAUGGUUACAUGCAUCACGACCAACUGUGUACUGUGUUGGCCGACGGAGCAGCAUUCCGAGGGUUUUCUGAGGCCAAAAUUACUUUUCCGCCCACCUAUAAGUAUGACCCAGGAACCCAAAAUUUUGAUACCUCGUCCAAACAAAGAACACCCGCGUACACGGACAGAAUUUUAUAUAAGCAAAGAAACUCAAGACGGUUAAGCGGAGCUUUAGAAAAUCCACCGCUACAAUGUCUGGUUUACGAUGCUGUUCAAAGUAUAACCACUUCGGAUCAUAAGCCUGUCUGGGGGGUGUUUAAGGUGCAUUUGCGACCAGGACUUGAUACUAUUCCAUUGGCAGCGGGCAUGUUUAACAGAGAUGUCUACCUAGAAGGGCUAAAAAGAAGGGCGGAGACUCUCAGCAAAAGCAAAGGAGCGACCACUGCCUGUUCCUUGCAAUAAACUAAUCCUUAAGACAAAAAAAAACUAUACUUGUUAGGCAAUCAAAAUUGAACCUCUUAGACAAUAUUCUAUUUACAAUACUGCUAUUAUAUACAAGUUUUUGGGAACUGGUAUGUACUUAUUAAAUUUACUGAGACAUUAAUUUUAAAUUUAUUUAUUUUAAUUUUUUUAAACUUUCACAUCAGGUAUAAUAAAAAGAGUAUUAUUUUGGCUA